AUGUGGUAAUUGGUCAGUCAGUAUAAGCACAAUAUCACUGCAUAGAGACGCCUUUGGUCAGGACGCACAUCGCACUUUACGGAUCUGGUAGCGAGACUGUUGUGUCGGGCUAUUUAGGAUCGAAAAGGGUUUUUCUUGAAUGUGCCAGGAAUGGAGCAGGGGCCUGGCACAGUGUCGGGAGGUGGAUUUAUAUCCCUGAGUGAAAAUGAACAAAGAUGUUACUCAGAUCUUUAUACUUUGUGCCAAGCUGACAGCUCGGGGAAACUAGCAGCCAGCAAAGUGGGAGAACUAUUCAGAGCAUCCCAGCUACCUGCAGAUACACUUCACCAGGUCACCGAGCUGUGUGGAGCAAAGCGCCUGGGAUACUUCGGUACUGGGCAGUUUUAUGUAGCUCUAAAAUUAUUAGCUGCAGCACAAUCAGGCUUCCCAGUACGGCUCGAAAGCAUUAAAAGUGAAAUGCCACUUCCCAGGUUUGUGGGAAUGAAAAAUGAUGCUGAGGUGCUGAGGUACCCAAACCAUUCCCAAAACACUGAGAGCCAGGGGCUUCACCUCGGGAAGCCGUCAGUGACAAUCGCCCAGCCCAGCCUGGACAGGAACGCCCUGAAACGCACAGAGAGUUUAGGAGAUAAACAGGAGCCCUGGUCGCCUCUAAGGUCACCUCCCAGUUCUCCUUCAAGCUCAAGCAACCAGGACAAGCCUCUGAGCUAUACUUACAGGAAACAAUGGAGCAGCACGGAACAGCUGACAGCUUCCUAUGAAAGUAAACACCCGAGUCGGCCUCUGUUCCGGCAGGAAGUGUCAUCUCCUAGUAACUAUGGAUCCAAAUCUUCACUCACGCAUUCCUCAGUCACGCAGGCCCGUUCAGUGGAGAGAAGCGCAGAGGAGGGCAGUGCUGAUUACCACGAUGACCCCUGGAGGAUUACUGAAGAACAGCGGGACUACUACACCAUGCAGUUCAAAUCCCUGCAGCCAGAUGUCAGCUCACUCAUUUCAGGUUCUGUUGCUAAGAAUUUCUUCACAAAAUCUAAGCUUUCAAUACCUGAGCUCUCCCAUAUAUGGGAACUCAGCGAUGUUGACUGCGAUGGAGCACUGACGUUGCUCGAGUUCUGCGCUGCCUUCCACCUCAUUGUUGCCCGUAAGAACGGAUACUCUUUACCAGAAAAACUGCCGCAGACACUGCAGCCUGGUUUUCUGCAAAUAGAUGCAGUGUCUCCCAAAACAAAGCGUGACGGUGCAUUUUUGGGUUCUUAUUCUGAAUUGGUGCCACCAAGUCAACAACAGAAAGAACCAGCUCAUUCUGAGCAGUGGGAAGCCAUCAAUGAACUACCCAGAACACCGGAGCCUCUCAUUGUAUUUAAAGAUGACUCCAGAACUGCUCCACAGGAAACAAACACAGUAGAAUCCACAUACCCACCUUUAUCUGAUAUAAGCACACCGAAGCAAGAACCAAGGAUUGACAGCUGCAUGUCAGCCUUUAGCCCGAAGAGAAACCCAGCUUUCAAAGACACGUCAGCUGAACACAAACAUUUGGAAAAUACCUCGGCUGCUAAGACAGAUCCUCCACAAGAGCUGGAUCUCCAAGUAAAGUCAAGAACAAGACAGAGAUCGUACUCCAGCACCUCAAUAGGCGAUGCCAUGAAGAAGGUUGAGGAGCCCCCUACACCACCCCCGAGGCCACAGAAAACACACUCCCGAGCAUCUUCUCUGGACCUCAACACAAUCUUCCAGCAGAGUAGUCAAGGCUACAAGGGUGGUUGGCUGCCCCCACCAGCACUCCCUCCAAGGCCUUUGGCAGCACAGAUUCCACACUUUGUUUCCAGCACAGAAACAACAUCACAGCAAAAGCCAGUUCGGAAACUCAACUUCGCAGAUUUCAGCAAAUUCAGUGAAGAGGAAGAAAACGCUGUGAAGAAUGAUGCUCAGGGUCAGCUGGGCAAGGCCGCUGGAAGCUCGGAAGAACGCAGCUCACUUAAAAAAGAUAUAUUGCCGGCUCAGCCUCCAUUGAAACCAAUCCGCAGGAAAUACCGUCCAGAGAGUCAGAACCUAGACAACCAGGAUCCCACCCCACCCCUGCCACCUCCUUCCUCCUUCUCUGCUCCCGGGACCAAACCACAUCCUCCUGUCCAAAAGCAGUCAUCCAGGCAGAAGAGGGCUAUUCAGACUGCCAUCCGCAAGAAUAAAGAAGCCAACGCAGUCCUGGCCAGACUGAACAGCGAACUCCAGCAGCAGCUCAAGGAAGCUCACCUGGAUAGAAUCGCUUUGGAAACCCGGUUGGAUCAGCUUCGCCCUGUCUCAUACUCAUGACCUUCACAUUCCCUUCUUCUGAGCGGAAAGCCUUCAAGCAAAAAAUAAUCCAGUCUUUGAAAUAGUAAAGAAAGGACUUGUGUAUGCUAUUGUACUAUAGAUAUAGUACAAUAUGUGCACAGUGCAAGCAACAGGGGACAUCUGAAUGUCCCCUGUUAUAAAAUAUAUAUAUAAUUUUUUUUUUUUUUUCCAAUUGAAAAGUUGUACUUUAUUAGAGCCAGGGUAGUCCUUUGCACAACUAGUGACAGUGGAAUUUGUUCUGUGUACAACCUUUUUUUUAUUUAUUGUCAUAGCUGGAUAACCCCUUAUGAGAUUUAAGACAUAGCUCUGAUAUAGAUAUGACAGCGCUUUGGUGCAUUUAAUAACGUCUCUCUUGACAGUAACAUGGCUUUAGCUGUGCUAAGACAGCUUGGGGAUGUCUGAGCAUUCCCGUCUGGAUGGCAGCACAGAAAACUGUAUCUUUACACUAGAACUGGAGCACCUUGGACAUCAAAAGAAAGAUACAAGAAAGCAACCAGCAUCCAGUGUGUUCAUGUUCUAUUGAUUUUCUGAAUGUAGAUUUACAUUAGUAAUACACUGGUAAUACACAAGUAAGCCUCAGAAUACAGUUGCCUAAUGUUGGAUCUGAAAGAGCACAGAAGGCUGGUUUAGGGAACACAGUAAUAGAAAACCCAUUAUCUUUUAUGGACAGGAAAUUACGGACCUGAAGGAUAUUGGUUCUUUCCCCAAUACGUAUAGUGGGUACAGUUAAGGAAGCCAUCAGCUUGAUACUAGAGACCUUUGGAUCUCUUAACAGUCUCCUACUACUGCUGGCCCCGCUUUAGACUUUCCCAGUCUAUGUUACUACUGAACACUGCCAGCUACACAACCUGCCUGACUGCAGUACUGCCAUUCCAAAGUGUGUUGGCAUGAGAGUUCAUCUUUUGCCAGUGAUGAGAGUAAUGCUCAUCACAAACUGUAACAUGACAUAGCAGCGAAAAUAUAAACAAGAUCAAGUUUUUUUCUUGUCCAUGCUGUUGAGCUAGAUUUACUAAGCUUUUACCCAGUGUAACGUUUUCACCACCGUCUUAGGCAUGACAAAUUUGGAAGUGCUACAUGUUGUACUGAGUAGAUCAAAUUUCUGCUUUUCGAACAAUCAGCAACUUGUGCAUGUCGUGUUCCUGUUUUCAAGGUUGUCUAUUAUUUUAUCUGCACACCACCAGCAAGCAGGCAGCAAAUAUGUAUACACUGGUUAAUGGCAACUUGACUGUCCUGCAAAUUUCCUUAUAUGGGUUUCCUUACUUACCAAGCUUCAAUACAAAAAUGGUGCAAACACAGCAGCAAAAGCUUAAUAUAUCUGCUCAUGUGGGGUAUGGGUCUGAUUCAGAAUAUUCAAAUGCAGUGUUCUGUGAUGAUGUACAGUAUACCCUGUUUCUAAAUAUGUAAGGGGAUGGGGGUUAAUUUGUAAGUUGACAAAUGAAAGCAGCAAUCCUGACCUUUUCUGCGUCUUACAUUCUGUUAAAGGCCUCCCUCCCCCUCAAAGCUGAUAGUCCAUGCCCCCAAUAUAGUACCUGACUGAUUAUAUCCCCUUUAGUCCUGAUUUUGUAUUUGUAUUUUAUUCUCUAAGCAGAAAGUGAAACUCCAUGAGUGAUCAAAUGCAUGACCCGAGUGACUGAAGGGGAUAUUUUUCUGUUGUUUCACAUUCUAGUCAUAUAAGCUGUUUAAAUACUGCAGCUCUAUCGCCCAUGUGUGGGCUAUGCCUAAUGACUUCCCCACCCUGGAUUACGAUGCAGCGUUGUUUCUGAAUGACACGCUCCAGCAGUAGCAGUAGAAAAGAUCUGAUUCCACAGCAGCUCUUAUUUCAAGUGAAAAUUGUUUACACUUAAGACUUACUGGUUUAUAUCCAGCACAAAGUUUAGAUGGAAAUUGUUUUCUUUUAUACCACUCACAAAGAGACCAAUAUCCAGAAUACCUAAGUUGUGAACCAUUGCAGCUGCUUACACAUUACAGCUGAUGUACACAGCAUACAUACAAACACAGUGAACUUGCAAUGUGCAUUUCAUAACAUAAAAAAGCUUUGAUUUGAUAAUUGCACGUGUCAUUUUAUAACACAUCUACAAUGCCUAUAAAAAGUCUACACCCCCUUUCAAAAUAUUCACCUUUUGUUGCCUUAUAGCCUGGAAUUAAAAUGCAU